GUUGACAGCAAAGUUGCAUGGCGCAGAUGAAAUAAACACACCUUUUCCUCGCACGCGUGUAAUUUCGAUGUAAAAAACAGGCCCGAAAAUGUUAGUGACCGACAUAAAUAAUGUGAAAAUAUACAAUCUCAGCGGGGGCAAAUCCAUUCCGGAAUGGCUAACCGAUCGGAAGCAGAAAAAGGCACCGAAAAAGAAUCCGGACGCCGAUCGGCACAUCGAGCUGAUACAGGACUUCGACAUGCCCGGGGUCGCCUCCUGCAUCGCCAUCUCGGACGAUGGGCAGUACAUAUUGGCCACGGGGACGUACAAACCGAGAGUAAAGUGCUUUGAGGUGAGCAAUCUGUCGCUAAAGUUCGAACGAUGCUUCGACUCGGAGGUGGAAAAGUUCACCAUCCUGUCGGAGGACUACAGCAAGCUUGCCUUUCUGCAUGCCGAUCGGUACGUGGAGAUACACGCCGCAGCCGGCCGGCACUAUCGGUUGCGUAUUCCCAAGUUUGGCCGCGAUUUGGUAUAUCACCGGCCAACGUGCGAUCUGCUGUUCGUUGGAACGUCGCCCGAAAUCUAUCGGCUAAACAUGGAGCGGGGUCAGUUUUUGCUACCGUACACGAGCACGACAGCAAGCGCGAUCGAUAGUGUCACGAUCAACCCGGAACACCAGCUCAUCUGCGUCGGCACGCAGGAGGGUAGGCUUGAGGCGUGGGACUAUCGUGACAAAAGGUGCUGCGGCACGCUGGAUGUUGCUGCCAACCUGCCGAGCACGAACGGGGUUGCAGCCGUGACGGCGCUGCAAUUCAAAACCGGCCUUACGCUGGCAGCUGGAACAUCCAGCGGGCACGUGCUGCUGUUUGACAUUCGCGCCCGCAAUCCCAUCGCGAUCAAGGACCAUCUGAACCAGCUGCCCAUCAAGAAGAUACGCUUCCAGCCGGACCAGAAGUCGGUUUACUCGCUGGACGGGGCCAUGCUGAAGAUUUGGGACGAAACGUCGCUGAAGCAGAAGGCGUGCAUUGAAUCGCGCAGUAACUUCAACGACUUUGCACACUUCCCGGGCAGUGGAUUGUUUAUGUUCGCCCAGGAGGACACGAAAAUGUUGCCUUACUACAUCCCGAGCGAAGGGCCGGCGCCGAAGUGGUGCUCCUUCCUGGACAAUCUGGUGGAGGAGAUUGCGUCCGAAACGGUGCAGAACGUGUACGAUGACUAUAAGUUCGUCACGAAGCAGGAGCUGGCCGAUCUGAAGCUGGACCACCUGGAAGGAACGCCAAUGCUGCGCGCCUACAUGCAUGGGUUCUUCAUCAACAUUCGGCUGUACAACAAGGCCAAGGCGGUUUCGGACUCGUUCGCGUUCGAUAAUUUCCGUAAGGAUAAGAUUCGUAAGCAGAUUGAAGAGAGCCGUCCGGCUCGUCUGCAGAUUAAGUCGGCCCUGCCCAAGGUGAACCGGGAGCUGGCGCAGCAUCUGAUACAGGAGGAGCACAUGAGCAACGCGAAACGAAGCGCCAUUGCCAAGGGUCUGCUCGGCGACGAUCGGUUCAAGCAGAUGUUCGACAAUCCGGACUUUGAGAUCGACAAGGAGGCGGAGGACUACCGUCUGCUCAGUGCGGUGCUGAAGCGCGCCGAUCGUGAUAAGGCGCGGCGCAAGGAGAAGAUCGUCGUCACGGAGCCGAACGAGGAGGAUGAGGGCAAGAGCACGGAUGACGAUCUGUACAGCGAGAAGAGUGAAAGUGAAAAGGAAGACGAAGAGGAGGAGGAGGAGGAAGAAGAAAAGGACGUGGAAAUGGAAGACGCAAAGCCAGCUUAUUCGAAAAUGAAGAAUAAUCGACCAGAUAAAUCGUGGGCCCGUGAGGAAGCAGAUUACGAGGAUGACGAUAAGGAGUUCUCGUUAACGGUGGAGGAAGGAGCAAACUUUGACAUCAUGCAACCGGCCAAGAAAAUCCAAUCUGUAUCGCUUGGCAAGCGCGUGAACAAGCUGGAACACGCCACGACGAAUGUGCAGUUCCAGAACGGAGUAGGCCGGCGGGAAAUUACCUUCACGACGACCGGCCGGUCAAGCAGUGGCAAGAAUGCGAUGGAUCGGGAACGGGCGCGCUAUCAAUCGGAGCUGAAAAAGCACAAGGAAGAGCGCCGGCAGGUGAUUCGUUCGGCAAAGGGUGUGAUUAAAAAGACGAUUUUCAAGAAACAUUAAAAUCGCAAAGCUCUAGAACCUAUAUUGUGAAACACCGUAAAGCCCAAAUAAAAACCACUUCUUUGGGUAAAUUUA